AGGUGCGACGCCUUCUUGAUUGCUGCUAGCCUUUUGUUUCUGUUUUUUGUUUGAUUGUUUAACGUCUGCCGCACGACGUCUAAACAGGUCUCGUCGGCGACAGCAACAGAAGCAACCACCGCGGCAGAGCGGACAGGAACAGCGCUGCUGCAUUUUCUCAGUGCUCUUUAACGCUACUCUCCGUUUUCCAUUAUCGGUUUUUUUUAAAUCAACAUGUCCAUCGACAACACGGGUGAUGACCGCACGGUGCCGGUCAACACGAUGCCAAACCCAGCUCCUUAUGUGACCGCCCCACCCACGAUGGCGCGGAACGCAAAGGGGCGCUUUCUGCACGGCCUCUGUGUGUGCUGCGACGAGUGCGAUUCCUGCCUCGAGGCAUGGUUCUGCACACGUUGUCAGAUGAGCCGACAGUGCAACAUGAUGAAGAACGGCAAGGCGGAGAUUGAUUGGCUGACGUGCUGUGCUUCCUACCUCGUGGAUGUCUUGUGUGCAGCUGGCCUGCUAGCCUUCAUCUUUGUGUGCCAGACACGCCGGAUGGCGCGUGAGCGGUACGGCAUUGCAGGUGGGUGUUGUGGAGAUUGCUGCCUCGCAUGGCUAUGCACGUCAUGCACGACACAGCAGAUUUUGCUCGAGAUGAGCGCGCGUGGCGAUUUUCCUGGCGCGUGCUGCUACCAGGUGCCUCAUCUUCCGGGCGCCACGAACAUGUAUUGA